AUGCUCCAAGAAAGGUUGCGCAUUCUCGUCGUCGGCAAUGGGGGUCGUGAACAUGCAUUUGCCUGGAAAUUGAGCCAGUCACCUUCCGUGGACGUCGUCUAUGUUGCACCUGGAAACGGUGGUACCGGUCUAGGCGCAUCGUCAAAGAUUGUCAACGCCGCGGUGAAGUCAGACGAUUAUCCCAGCCUCGUUGCCUUCGCUCAAAAGAACAAUGUCAACCUCGUCGUUCCGGGACCUGAGGCACCUUUGGUUGACGGUAUUCAGGGUUAUUUUCAAGCCGUUGGCAUUAGAUGCUUCGGUCCGACAAAGGCUGCUGCUCGGAUGGAAGGAUCUAAAGCAUUUAGCAAAGACUUUAUGAAACGACACAAUAUCCCAACCGCCGCAUACGAGAAUUUUACCGACUACGAAGCCGCACGCAAAUAUCUCGAUUCCGUGACCCACGAUGUUGUCAUCAAAGCUAGUGGAUUGGCAGCUGGCAAGGGUGUGAUUAUACCCACUACAAAGGAGGAGGCACACAAAGCUCUUCGUGAGAUUAUGCUUGAUCAUCAGUUCGGAGCUGCUGGAGAUGAGGUUGUCAUUGAGGAGUUCCUUGAGGGAGACGAGCUCAGUAUCCUCACUUUCAGUGAUGGUUAUUCUAUCAAGUCCCUUCCACCAGCACAAGACCAUAAGCGUGUUUUCGAUGGAGAUCAAGGCCCAAACACUGGAGGCAUGGGUUGUUAUGCACCAACACGGAUUGCUUCAAAGGAUGUUUUGGAGCAGAUUGAUCGGGAUAUUGUCCAGCCAUCAAUUGAUGGAAUGAGAAGAGAGGGAUUCCCAUUCGUCGGUAUUCUUUUCACAGGACUAAUGAUGACCAAGAACGGCCCGAAGGUUCUCGAGUAUAAUGUUCGCGGAGGCGACCCCGAAACUCAAACCCUACUUCCUCUUUUGAGCAAGGACACCGAUCUGGCGGAGGUCAUGGUCGCAUGCACAGAACACUGGUUGGAUGGUGUAUCGAUCUCCAUCGAACCCAACUUCUCCGCAACCGUCAUCGCCGUGGCAGGAGGCUACCCCGGCUCGUACGCAAAGGGUACACCAAUCACAUUAGAUGCCACUCCAGAUGAUACAUUGAUAUUCCACGCUGGAACCUCUCUCGUCGACAACGUUCUCCAGACCGCUGGUGGCCGUGUCAUCGCCGCCACAUCUAUCGCAUCCACAUUAGAAGAGGCAGUACGACGAAGCUAUGUCGGUAUCUCCACCAUUCACUUCGAUGGUAUGCACUACCGCAAGGAUAUUGCACACCGUGCGUUCCGUGACGCCCCCAAGAAGACCGAAGAAGGUUUCACAUAUGCCAGCGCUGGUGUUUCUAUUGACGCCGGCAACGAUCUCGUCAACAAGAUCAAAGCCUCUGUUGCGCGCACUUGUCGACCGGGAUCUGACGCAGUCAUUGGUGGAUUUGGUGGUACUUUCUCUCUGGCAGCAGCAAACCCUGCAUACCACCCACUGUCACCCACGAUCAUCGGUGCCAUUGACGGAGUCGGCACCAAGCUCAAGAUUGCGCACGCCGUCGGUAUCCAUGACACAGUUGGAAUUGACCUGGUUGCCAUGAAUGUCAACGACCUGGUCGUCCAGGGCGCAGAACCCCUUUUCUUCCUGGACUGCUACUCAUGCGGCAAACUCGACGUCCAGACAGCCGCUGCAUUCGUCACUGGUGUCGCAGAAGGAUGUUACCAAGCCGGCUGUGCACUCAUCGGUGGAGAGACCGCCGAAAUGCCCGGCCUCUUCCUCGACGACGCGUACGAUGCAGUCGGUGCCGCCGUAGGAGCCAUCAACACCAACGGUCCCAACGCCCGCACCCUUCUACCCGAUACAUCCUCCAUGAAACCAGGCGACACUCUACUUGCCCUCGCCUCCGCCGGCGUACACUCCAACGGCUUCUCCCUCGUCCGCAAAAUCGUCGACCACUCCGGUCUAACCUACAACGACAAAGUCCCCUUCGCCUUCUCCGCUCCCGCGUCUUCUUCUCUCGCCACAAAACCUCAGACCCUAGGCACAGCCCUCCUCACCCCAACAAGAAUCUACGUCAAACCCCUCCUCAAAGCCCUCAACAUCCCAUCUUCGCAACACACCACCUCCACAGCCGCCAUAAAGGGAAUGGCACACAUCACGGGUGGCGGUCUGAUCGAAAACGUCCCUCGUAUGCUUCCCCCCACGCUCAGCGCACACAUCGACGUAUCAGCCUGGACCUUACCGCCUGUUUUCCAAUGGCUCAAGAAAACCGGAAAUGUAUCUAGUCAAGAAAUGUCUCGCGCUUUCAACUGCGGCGUUGGUAUGAUUCUUGUCGUGGAUAGUGACUGUGUGGAUGCUGUCAAGCAGAGCCUAGAGCAGGAUGGGGAGACUGUUUAUAAGAUUGGUGAGUUGAAGGUUAGAGGAGGUGAGAAGGAUGAGGGUUGUGUUUUGUAUGGAUUGGAUACAUGGGAUAACUAG